UAUGCUGUUUAAUAUUGAAAAGGAAGCCUAGGUUUUCCUGAAAAUUCAUUUUAUUUCGACAUCUCAGGCGAUUAAGACCGUAUUCGGCUCUUUGUGAUUUUCUCCACAAAUUUUGUUUAGGGAAAUAAAAAAAAUGCCUUCCAAAAAGGACUCGGCUAAGGCUUCCAAGAAGGGAGGUGUGGAUGCUGCUAGUAAGAAGCUCACCGCUGAUCCUGCCACUUCCACAUCCAUGGCAGAGGCCACAGCGGAUGCACCAGCCGCCAAGGAAGCCAAGUCCUCCAAAAAGGGUAAGGGCAAGAAGAAGUAAACUGAAGACGUGUGUGCUGACUGGAGAAUGGAGAAUGGGGAGAAAAUCAAGCUAACACGAUCAAGCUAAGAUCUCGCCAAAGUGAUGCAAUAAAAAAAAACUAUUCAUAA